GUUCACAGCUGUGAGCCACCCAGUGUCCGUCCACCUCUACUUCCUGUCAGACCAGUUCCAGGGCUACCUCGUGCGCCAUGUGGCCACUAACCGAGCCUCCACCCAGCUGGAGACGAUGGAGACCUGGGUCACACCCAGGGACCACUUCACCCCGGCCAGCCCCCCCCACCCCAACAACAGACUGCAGCAUGUCCAGGUGGGAAGCGACUGGGAUCCGAAGGAGCGUCUCUUCAGGAACUGGGGGUGUCUGCUGGGCCCCAAGGACGAGCCGGUGGCCGUGCAGCGCUGGAGCCGCAGCCAGAGCAACCUGACGGCCACCGUGGUGUGGAUCGACCCCACCAACGUCAUCGCCGCCACCUACGACAUCCUGGUGGACGCCUCUGCUGAAGUCACCCACUACCGGCCGCCGCUCACGGCCCCGCUGAGGCCCGGCGUGUGGACGCUGAGGGUGCUGCACCACUGGAGCCCGCUCGGCCAGACCAGCUUCAUCGUGGCUCCGCUGGAGUUUCACAAACAACAGCCCACAGGACACGACGACGCUCAGCGGCUGCACGGCGGCCCGCCCAGGAACUCCUACAUGGAGCAGAGCUUCCACGGCCUCAACCCCGUGCUGCGGCUGCCCGUGAGCCUGGGCGCCGUGGAGGAGGCCGAGGCCAACGCCAGUCUGACGGGGGCGCCGCUGCGUCAGUGGCUGGACCGGUUGCUGGAAGGCCACUGGUCGGCCUCGGACAUCUGCUCGACGGGCCCCAGCGCCUGUCCCGUCAUGCAGAGGUGCGGCCUCACCGCCUGGAGCUCCGACAGCCCCGACCCCAAGUCUGAAGUGAGCGCGCCCAGAGAGGACGGACGCAUCAGGUAGCAGACGGACAGACUGAGGGACACGUGAGUGGAGGAGAGGAACAAAUGAAGGAAGGCUGACGCUCUUUUACUGCGUCAUAUUUAUUUAUUUAAAGUCAGUGAAUGAUGGAGGAGACGGAAGGAUGGAAGUUCAGAGGGAGAGAAUUCUCCUCAGUCCUCAUUCAGUGCACUGCUCUCAGAGCGUGUGUGUGUGUGUGUGUGUGUGUGUGUGUGUGUGUGUGUGUGUGUGUGUGUGUGUGUGUGCGUGUGCGUGUGUGUCAGAAGAGUCGUUUACCUCUAUUCCAUGUAAACGAGCUGAAAGCUGGUCGCUCGUGUUUACGUGGACUUGUUAAUUUUGUGUGAGACUGGAAUCACUGCCGUCGCUGUUAUUAAAGGUUCCCAGUCGUCAUGGAAACUUUCUUUACUACAAUGUAUAAUUUAACUUCUGUUUAAUUAAUUCAAUUCAAUUCAAAAGACUUUAUCGUAUUAUAUUAACAGUUAUUAUAGAAUAUGUGUUGAUGGGUGAGGAUAUUGAACUUUACCAUCAGAUGCAGAUUAUAGUCUUGUCCUGAAUUAUAAUAACAGUUAUUCCAGAAAUCUCGAGCUUCAGAGACGAUGACUCUAAAAAAACCUUUACAACAAAACACACAGAACACGUUCACUGGGAUGAUUUUACACCUAAAUUAUUAUAGAAGUACCUCAGAGUUUUAAAUUGAAAGUUGUACUUGAUUAAACCAACGCUGCCAACAACCUAAUGAGAACAUCCUCCACCCACUGUGUGUGUGUGUGCGUGUGUGUGUGCGUGUGCGUGUGUGUGUGUG